AUGUUGUUUGAUCUGCAAGCGGAAUUCAAGAUGCUUUGUAUUUGCCUUAAUCGACUAAAGAAUGAAAACUUGUGGUGGAACCAGAUAUCCAGUAAUUUGGGAUUAGUUGAGUAUCUUAGCAUCUCAUCUAAUUUCAAUACUGAUUUCAAACCAGUUUUCCCUUCAUGGCCACAGAAGAUUAGUAUCACGAGUUCCGCUUGGCUUACACUGGAAUAUCUCUUGGCGUGCACUUUCACUACAAUUACACUUGGGUGGUCACAUUUGGGAAACGAGGAUUUGGAUGUUAUACUUAGGAAUUGGAUGGCUGGAGAGUUACCGAAUCUCAAGCGUCUGAAGAUCCAGAGUCGAAAUAUCACAAGUUUUGGAGCGACAAUUUUGGGAAUUAAUUGGAUGGAAUUAAACGGAAUGAUAAUCCAAACUGAUGAUGGAUCAAAAAAGGCCAAUAUAAAACUAGACUUCGAUACUAUUGAAAUGUCUGUGACUUCAUUUUAA